CUAGUAUCUACAAUACUUAUACUAUUACUGAGUACAAGUAUCUACAAUACUUAGACUACUAAAGACGUUAGAUAUUUUGAGGAUUUAUGAUUAUUUCUUGGUCAAAUAUCUCGUACAUGCAACCCUAAGCUAUUGAAAAUGUACAACGACCGACAACCCACCCCGUCCCCUGAUAUCUUCGGCUUUUCAGCUAGUCCGGCCAGCUUCGUGUCUUCGGCAACUGACCAGUCCAGCCUGACUGACUUUGAACAGGAAAUCUUCUCUUUAUUUGAUGGCAGCAGUGACCAGGCGGUGCCUGAUGCAGACAUAGAAGAUAUUGUGCCAUCCUAUGAUUUAAACGCACAUUCUAUUUACCCCGCUGUUGCUUCUAAGAAAUGUGAAGAUUCAAGGACAUUGACCAAUCUUACUAACUUUAUACCAUCAUGCAUUUUGUUAGACGACAGUGAAACACAAGAGCAGAAGAGCCAACAAAAGUUCCCGCCAAGCUAUGAAGAGCACGUGUCUCGAUCUGGAUUUUCCAGCAACAUGCCGUCUGUUUCUGAUUUUACUGUAAACUACAACAGGGUAGAGGACCCAUUGUCUGAUAUCAUGGACUGUAUCUUAAAAACCGAACCAGACAAUCCUAUUCAACAUGUUCCGUCCCGAUCGCCUCCGAAAUCAACCCCUGAGGUGUCUCGUGAGGAUCAUCUAAAAAGGAUCACUUCUCUCCUUGUCGGAGGAGGUCAAAUAAAACUGUGGCAGUUCCUUCUGGAGAUUUUGACCGAGAGUGGAAACGAUGACUGCAUUAAAUGGGAGAGUGGCGGGACAAGCGGAGAGUUCCGAAUGAUUGAUCCGGAAGCAGUGGCUAGAAAAUGGGGUCAACGCAAAAACAAAGCCACUAUGAACUAUGACAAUAUGAGUAGGGCGCUGCGGUACUAUUACGACAAAAUGAUUCUGACAAAGGUGGCGGGAAAAAGACACACCUACAGAUUCAACUUCAACGCAAUCAUCCAGUCAAUGCAGAGUUCGUCCUCUUCUUCAAACACACAAGCUGAACAGUUACAGAACUCUUUGUAUAAUGGCUGUUCAUCAGCUCCCGUCCAUCGUUACCAUCAGAGCCAUCCACAAACGUUCCAGGGCAACACAUACGCCAACGUUAACCCACACACCAUAAACAAUGUAAGUAGCGUACAGAAUGUGCGAAACAUCCAAGGUGUUCCGAAUGUCCAAAACGUACAGUCGGUUCCGAACUUACAAUCUAUUCCAAACCUGCAGACAUACUCGUCAGCCAGCGAUAUGAUUCCUACUACUUGUUAUGACCAUGACAUCAAGCCUUCUUUCAGCAGCUGUCGUUUUGCUGAAGUAAACGGAAGUUCAUCGCCUAGUCAGAGAGACGUAAAACCUCUCACUUCCUGUCAAUUUGCUCAAAACAACACUUCUUCCUCCAAUACCUACUCACCAAAGACAAUCAGUAGUGCAAGUCUGCCAACGCGCACAUCUUCUUCCUCCGGUUACACCAUUGGCUAUUCAGCAGGCCGUGCCCAAACUCCAAACAACCACUGCCAUCCAAGCCAGAACGGAGCUCCAUUUUACCGAUCUCAGCCAAGGACAAUUCAGAGGUAUUCUCCAUAUCAGUAUACCACUCAAAAUAUGAACAAAUCGUGGUGACAUUGGUAUCAAAAUUAUCCAAUCAACGAACGAUAUAAAGUCGCUACUGACUGUAAAAAAGCAUAUACAGAUUUCGUAACGUAUUUGCUACUACAUCAACUGUUAACCUAUUUUGUCUUGCUAUUAUAUCUUUUUCCAAUUUUGUAAGAAAGAUUAAGAAAGACAAUAAGUGAGAGAUUGAAUGAAAUUCAAGGAGAGAAAGAAAGAAUGAAAUAGAGAAGAAACGAUGGAGGAAGGAAGGAAAAACUGAAAGAAAGACAUAUAUAUGAAAAUGAUGACAAAAUACGCAAUGACGUUUCAGAGAAACAGGUAACAGGGGGAAAUGUAUGAUUUUCCUUCUUACCACGAGUACAUUAUUUACUCUAUGUGGUAUAGUUGAUACAGCUGUACAGUUAGAGGCACUGCCGAUCUUCGGUAGGGUAUUGAAUAUCUGAUAAAACCGAAACUUUUUUCCUAAUUGCAAUAUAAUAUAUCUGCUUUUCCUUGUAUACAACUCUACCUCAAUAUGCUGGCAUAUUGAGUAUCCGCGCAGGUCGCGAGUAAUGGCUGAAUAUCCUUUUGAUAUAUAUAUUUUAUAGAAGUCUUUUUUCAUUGAAGAAAUCCAUUUGUUCCAUAUUUGUAUUUUGAUUUUUUCUCCAUUUUUGCUGGUUUUAUAUAUCGGUAUUUAUGUCAAUGUUGAGAUGACUCUUAAAUCAUUAGAUUUAUUAAUUCUCCAACAUAAAAUUUCCGACGAAUGAAGACCAUCAUUGAAAAUUGAAACAUUAUAAUAUUAAAUUCGUUAUUACAUAUCCUCAUCUAAUGAACAAUUUAAAUUGAGAAAAUGCCAUGGUUUAUUUCCGCUUUAAUAACCUGAAGAUGUAGAUUAAGAAAAAUACUUAAAUGAAAACUGACCACUGUCUGACAGGAUACUAAUACAAUACUGUUACUAAUAUGUUAAUUUUAUUGUUAGUUUAAAAUAAUUGAUUCUUAUUUGAAACUAGAAAUCAAUAUCAUUCUUAAUAUCUAUAUGCAUAUCUUUUCGAAUUCGAAAAAAAUUGAAAUCGUAAACAAACGUAAUGUUAGAAGAACUACAGGGGAAACUGAAUUUUUAUUUAGUUUAGUGUAAAACAUAUUGUAAGAUAACCCAAUUAAUGGCCAGUAUUACACUACUGUAUGAAAUGGCAAAGGUUGAAACACGGAAAUAAAGUGGAACAAAUGAAAAUAAGUGAUAUGCAAAUUAAAAUCAAAUAAAAUAUCAGUAUGUUCCUGAUGUCCAUGCUACAUAUUUGUAGCUCAGAUGCCUCCCCACAUGUUUUUAAUUUAUUCAUGUUUACGUAACGGACUUAUUUCUGUUACGCCGAUCCAAAAUGGUUGCCAUAUAUGUGAUGUUGAAGUUUAUCUUUGUAAUAAAAUAUCAGAAAUA